AUGGAACAGAAUUCUAUUUCAGAAUUAGAAGAUGAUCUUAAUCAUAUUGAUGUUGAAAGUAUUAAAUUAGAUGCUAUCAUACAAUUGAAGACAUGGCAAAAGAGAAUGUACGCAUUAGUCGAUAAAACUUAUAAAAAUCGUCUUAAUGAAAUUGAUUCCAUAACAUCAAAUAUAGAAAAUGAAAUCAAAGAAAAACAAAAUCAAAUUGAAAAUUUUCAUACAACGGACCCAAAUAAUCUUCAUGAAUUAAAACAUGAGAUUGAACUAUUAAAAUCUUAUCUUAUUGUAAAUGAAUCAAUUCCAGAAAAUUUUUCUCAACGUAUCGAACGAACUAUUUAUAUUUCACAAAAUGAUAACAAUACAGAGAUACUCGAUGACGACGACAUUGACGAUGAUGAUGAACCGGUUAUUGUUGAUAUCGAUAGACAUGAAGCACGUGCUGGAAAUCAUGUUGUGAUGGUUGUCGCAGCAGCACCUCAACAACCAACAGUCAAUCACGAAGGAACAGUUUCGAAAAUUGUUAAUUCUCAAUCUAUGCAACGUGUCAUUGCUAUUACCUUAGCUAAAACAUUGGCUAAUGUUGGUACAAUAGCAGCAACAACAACGACAACUGCUGCUGCUACAACAAUGGCUAAAACAGCGAUAAUAGCCACUGCUUGUGGGAUUGGUACAGUAGCUUAUGGAGUUGGGAAAAUUGCAAUUGGAACAACGAAAAAAGUUUGGUCAUUAAUGGUGUCAUCUGAAGAAUAA